AUGGGUGGCAAAGCUACUGAUGCUGGCGAUGCUAGUGGCGCUGCCGUGACACAUAACAGCGCCGAAGGGGAAGCCCAAUGCGACGGGUCGACUGGCAAGUUCGAUGCGAAAUGGCAGGCAAAGUGCGAAGAGGAAAUUAGGAGGAGAGGGCUGCAGCUGCGCGGAGAAUCCCUCCCCAAUAUCGCCGAUAUCAAAAUGACUUACAGGGAAGCAUGGCGCACGGGUAAACAGGGCUGCCUAGGGGUGAGGAGGAACCUGUGGGACCCGCAUCUAUUCUCCGGAACGUGGUACUUCGUAUGCGACGGCACCGACCCCAACAACUUCCUUGUGCUGCACGCGCACAACGCGGAACUGAAGUGGAAACGUGUCAUCAUCAGCAUGUGGGAGCUUAUAGACGGAUUCUGGGUUGGGAACAAAUGCCGCGUGCUCUACCAGCCGAGGAACGACGACGGCAGCGUCUCAUCGUCAUCCGCAAAGACCAUGGUUAUCGAGGGAUUUGCGCGCGAAUUCUACAUGGCAAUGAUCAAGUGCAUCCACGAGAGUCAAGUCCGGCUGCAACUCAUGCAGAUAGAGCUCAAGAGCCUGCAAGAUCAGUUCAGCCGCAGCAAGGCUUCGCCCUGCAAGGCCGCCGCGCCAAGAUGCAAGCGCACCAGCGUGACGUACUCCGACGCACGCCUCGCCGCCGCCGGACUCAACAGCAGUGCGCUGGCCUACAACGAGACAGCGAAGCUCAAUCACUCACACGACGGAGAAGGGGAGCAACGUGCGUAA